ACGAAAGAGAGAGAAGGGAACGCCGUUUAAUAGCGCACUUCCCAUGAACCAACCAUGCCAAGCUGCCAUCUGUGUUGUUCUUCUUCCACGUAGCACUUAUUUUUUUGGCUUUGGACAAUUUCCAUUGCGUGGCACCCACUCCCCUUACCUUUUUUAAUCUUUUUUACCUACAUAAAUACCCCCCUCCCCCAUUUUCCUUCCUCUCUCAAAUUCUUCCCUCAUUUCUCUCCUUAACUCCUUUUGUUGUGCCUCUUCUUUCUCUUGCUCACUAGUUUUUCUUUACCUUUCUCGAGAAAAAAGUUGAAAGGAAAGCAGGAAAAUAAUGCCGGGUUUUGGUGGUUUGGAGACUCCUAGUCCUACUUCCACUGGGGAUGGUCCAUGUCAUUCAAAAGAUACUUCUCGAGAUUUGCGUGAUCACCUCCCUUCAUUAAUGGCUUCUUGUUAUCCUAUCACUCUCAAGUUCAUCGACGUGAGCUAUAAGGUGAAGGUACAGGGAACCAACAGUCAAGGUCGCAGUAUUAAACGCAUGCUUAGCCAUGGAUCAACACCCUCUGAUCAAGGAACAACGAGUAGGGCCCAAGAGAGGACGAUAUUGAACAAUAUCACCGGCAUGGUUUCACCAGGAGAAAUGUUGGCUAUCCUUGGUCCUUCAGGCAGCGGCAAAUCUACUCUCCUCAAUGCCUUAGCUGGUCGGCUACAACACGGCCAUGGUCAUUUCACCGGAACCUUGCUUGCCAACAACAAAAAACCCACUAAACAAAUGGCAAAACGCACUGGAUUCGUCACCCAAGACGACGUGCUUUACCCUCACUUAACAGUUCGUGAAACCUUGGUGUUUUGCUCCCUUUUAAGGUUACCAAACACACUGUCGACCAAGGAGAAGAUUUCAGUGGCUGAGACGGUUUUAUGCGAGUUGGGGUUAUCGAAAUGUGAAAACACAAUCAUUGGGAACAGUUUUAUACGUGGUAUUUCGGGUGGAGAACGGAAAAGAGUAAGUAUAGCUCAUGAAAUGCUUAUAAACCCUAGCCUGCUGCUUCUUGAUGAACCGACGUCGGGUUUGGACUCCACAGCGGCACACCGGUUGGUUUCGAUUUUGGGUUCGUUGGCUCAAAAGGGGAAGACCAUAGUCACAUCCAUGCACCAACCAUCUAGCCGAGUUUAUCAGAUGUUUGACUCAGUGUUGGUUUUGAGUGAAGGAAGGAGCUUGUAUUUCGGCAAGGGAAGUGAAGCUAUGAGUUAUUUCGAGUCCAUUGGAUUCUCACCGUCUUUCCCUAUGAACCCUGCCGAUUUUCUCCUUGAUCUCGCUAACGGUGUGUGUAAAGUUGAUGGAGUAAGCGAAAGAGAGAGGCCAAAUGUAAAGCAAACCCUCAUUGCUUCUUACAACACCCUGUUGGCUCCAAAAGUUAGAGCUGCUUGCAUGGAGAUCACCCCUGUUUCGGAAAAAGACUCGUAUUUCAUCAGCACCCGUUGUUCCGAACAAGGCAGGAACAGCAACAGAGUCAAUCUCUCGACAUGGUUCUAUCAAUUCAGCAUUCUGCUUCGAAGAAGCCUUAAAGAAAGAAAGCAAGAAUCAUUCAACACCCUCCGAGUCUUCCAAGUAAUUACCGCUGCAAUACUGGCCGGUUUAAUGUGGUGGCAUUCAGAUUAUAGAGACAUCCAAGACCGUCUCGGCCUCCUCUUCUUUAUUUCCAUCUUUUGGGGUGUCUUGCCAUCGUUUAAUGCAGUUUUCGCGUUUCCUCAAGAGCGUGCUAUCUUCAUGAAAGAGCGUGCUUCGGGUAUGUACACUCUGUCUUCCUAUUUCAUGGCACGGAUAAUCGGAGACCUUCCCAUGGAGCUGAUUCUCCCCACAGUUUUCCUCCUUGUGACAUAUUGGAUGGCUGGAUUGAAACCCGAUUUGGUGGCAUUCCUAUUGACAUUGUUGGUACUUCUCGGCUAUGUGCUCGUCUCGCAAGGGCUUGGCCUCGCAUUAGGCGCAUUGAUCAUGGAUGCCAAACAGGCUUCUACAAUAGUUACAGUCACAAUGCUAGCAUUUGUUCUAACAGGAGGGUACUACGUGCAUAAGGUCCCAUCAUGCAUGGCAUGGAUAAAGUAUGCUUCUACAACAUAUUAUAGCUACAAGCUGUUCGUCAACGUCCAAUACGGCGAUGGCAAGAAAGUGUCAUCAUUGUUGGGUUGCUCGCACAGUGGAAGUAGUACGGUUAGCUGCAAGUUCAUCGAUCAAGACAUUGCGGGGCAAAUUAGGCCUGAACUGAGCGUCGGAAUCUUGAUUCUAAUGUUCAUAGGAUAUAGGUUGAUGGCUUACCUUGCAUUGCGGCGCAUCAAAGGCUGAGCCUUUGAGUUAUAGGUUACAGAUUCUUGUUAUUUGUAUAAGGCCCUUAUAAUUGUAAAUUUUUUUCAAAAUGGCCUGAAAAAGAAAGAUUUGUUUCAGGUUGGUCUAAAAAUUUAUGUUGACUGGUGAAUUUGGAUCACGCUAACUGCACGAAGAAUCAUAAGAAACUACAAAGAAACAGUUGUCAUUACUGAAUUUGUAGUUUUUUGUUGAAGUACAAA